GGUAUUUAUAGGUCGAAAUGUUUGUCGGGACAGCCUCCUGCGCCCAAGCCAUCGAUGGCUUUGAGCACUCGUGCGGCAUGUCCUUGCGCGGCUACAAGGCCAAGGGCCACUUUACGCCAAAGCCCGCCGGCUUGCAUCUCGAUGCAACCAAGAGCGCAUUUGGCGCCAUGGUCGCCAUUGACCCUGCCUUUGUACCGCCCCAGACCACAAGGACGAAGAAAGAGAAGACUCUGUCGCGCGCGUCCUCGAGCCAGUCCCGCGACCCGGCGAGAACGACGUAUCGACCCCAGAGUGCUGCCCGCGCCAGGGCCGCGCCGGUCGACUUUGUCUACGACAUGGACACGCGCAAGGAGCUGCGUCAAGCGCUCGACAAGGAGCGAAAAGAGCUUCUUCAACAAGCCCAAGAACGCGAGCGCAAGCUGCGAGACGCGAAUCUCUGGCUCCAUGACCGCCGCAACGAGCAGGGCCCCGUCAAGGCCAAGAGCCAGCCGAGAAAGACGACCCGUUCCAAGCCCACAAGCAAAGAAUGCUGGACAAGCAGCAGUUGCGAUGAUCUUCUUCGCACAGUCCACGUCGCUGUCGAGAUCAAGGACGAUGCAGACGACGAAAUCACAUGGACAUCAUCGAGCGCGCCGGCAACCUCCAAGACGAAGACGAAGCAUGGGCGGCCGUUAACGGCCAAAGGCCCGCGCAACUCGGUCGCAGAGAAUGUGCACCGGUCGGCGCCGCAGACGCAGGCGUACCAUCGUGGCAGCUAAGGCGGACGAUGCAUCGUUGUGCCAAGACGCGACGCGGUUUAAGUUAUACAUGUCCAUCAUGAUUGAGG